AUGAGUUAUGAAAUCAUGCAGCAUGAGUUGAUGGAAAAAUGGGGUGUGGAAGUUCCUGUGUGGCAAUUAUAUAGAGCUAAGUGCAAGGCUAGAGAUGAGAAUAUAGGCAUGCAUUGUGAAAGUUUCAAAAAACUUAAGAAAUAUGUCCAUUAUUUGCAAACAUAUAACCCGGGUACAGUUACCCUUUAUAAAUUAGAUGGUUGUCACUUGAAGGGUCCAUAUGGAGGGAUUUUCUUAGUUGCAGUCAUACUGGAUGGAAAUAGAGGUGUGCUACCUCUUGCAUUUUCUAUAGUUGAAGUAGGAUGUGGUGAUAGCUGGACAUUUUUCCUAGAAAAUCUUUAUUCUUGCAUUGGUGGAGGAACUGAUAAUAGGCCUUUAACUAUUAUGUCAGAUAGGCAAAAGGGACUCAUUGAUGCUGUCAAAAAUAUAUUUUCCAAUGCAUCUCAUAGAGUUUGUUGCAGGCAUUUAUACAUGAAUUUCAAGAAAGAGUUCCCUGGACUCAUGCUCAGAGAUGAUUUUUGGAAUGCUGCAAAGAGUACUCAUUCUUAUGAGUUUUGGCUUCACAUGAAGAAUUUGAAGCCCAAGCGAGAUCAAAAGCCAUAUGACUGGCAGAAAUGUAUGGUUAGGUUGCAUAGAAGAUUUGGUAAACCUCAAAGAUGGGAAGAGAUAGUUACACCAAGAACAAAGAAAGUAUUGAAUAAAAUCAUUACUGCCAGUAGGUUUCUUAAGUUGCUCCCUAGUAGAAAUGAAGAGUAUGAGGUUCAUGAGGGUCCAUGUAGGUUUGCUGCUAGUUUAGCUAAAAGAACAUGCAGUUGUGGAUGGUGGGAUAUAAGUGGUUUACCAUGCAAGCAUGCUGCUAGAGCAAUUGCAUAUGUUAGGGGCAAUAUUGAAGAGUUUUGCCAUGAAUAUUACACUGUGCAGUGCUAUUCAAGAGUUUAUGCAGGUGCCAUACAUCCUGUUCCUCAAACUGAGCUUGAACUUGAUAAUGAACACCCAUCAAUGUUGCCACCUCCUUUGAGGAGGCAACCAGGAAGGCUAGAAAGAGAGAUGAGAGUGAACCACCAGCAAGAGGAAGGAGGACAGCAACUCUCACUUGUGCUAGGUGCUUACAAACAGGCCACAAUAAGAGAACUUGUCAAUAUGCUGCUGUUGGGGCAAAUAUGGCUGCAAGUCAAAAGAAAAGAAAACACACUACUGCAUCAGGUGCGGGGACUUCAAGAGGGGUUAAUACUAAUCAAGUGGGAUCAAGUGGUGGACCAACUAUCUAAAGGAGCCUUUGGAAUAUCAAAUGAUCUUUUUGAGAAUGUUGUUAGUUGA